AUGUUCAAGGUUGCAAAUCUCCAGUGUCAUACUGAUUCUCCUGCUACACUCACUGUGCACCAUGCCAAACACUGUCUCAAACAGGGCUCCUCAGAGAUACGAGGGUACCACUAUCUCCCUGAAGUCACUGAUCCUGGAGACCAAGAGGAUGACAGCAACAAAGACAAACAUGCCAUCAUGUAUGCCAAGGCAGUGACUGAAGGACAUAAUACUGCUUGCAGGGCGGUUGAUAUCCUCAAUUAUGCCAAACAGGCAGACGACGUCUCUGUCACCACGACCGGAAGGGGUCUUGUUGGAGGGCUCCCAGAAGACGGACACGUUGAAGCUGUCACUCUCUUUGAACGAAUUAAUUUCAUCUUUCCCCACCCGGUGAUAGAGGAGAUUAGGGCAGCAUCCGGUCAUUAUCUCCAUUUUUCCUGUCCCACGGCCGAGGUCGUGCGUGGUCUGUUAUCCGGUCAGGGUGAUGGCGGCCAGCCCAGCCUUGAAAGCAUCACUAUUUUUUCUGGAAUGAGCCUGUACACAAAACGCCUUCUGGACGCCAGCUUCGCUAACGCAAAAAGCCCCAGCGCGAGUAUACUCGAGCAAUCCGAGCCAACUCUUUACGAAGUCGAAUACUUCGCCCGUGCCGUCCCGGCCAUUAUCGACCUUGUGAGACUCCUGGCAAUGACAAACAAUCACAAUAGCGAUCCUGGCCGUACCUUGAUAAUUAACCUUGAUAUACCUCGGUUCCAUUAUUACCAAUCACUCGAUGACCGUCUCCGUGCCGGAACAUGUACCUUUGAAAGAGCAAUGAGGUGGAUGCUCGCUGCCAGUAAACGCCAUAUGCAAAUUUCGUACAUAUUCCGUCGUCUGAUCAUCCACGGACUCGCGAAAUACGGUCUCACGGGCAAGUGCAAGGUCGAGAUUUCACCCUUCACUCAUCUUGUCUAUUAUGAAAUAAUGCAUUGUUUAAUGGCCCACCAGUUCCCUACCGUCGAUCAGGUGUUGAAAGUCCUUGAUGAAGGGGAUUUCGUUUGGCAAAAGUUCUUUGGGCUUGUGCGUGAAAAUGAUAGACCCCAAGACUUCAAUGAGUUGAGCCACCUUUGCUACGUCUACCAGGUUGUGAGACCGGCUCUGAAAAGCGUUGUCAUCGAUGGUGAAGAGAGUGCCGACAGCGACAGUGGUAGUGACGAAACCAUUCGUCCGAAUAUCACUGAUGCCAAGUCGGUUGGUAACAAGGCCAUUGAUGCCGAUGCUGCUGAUGGCAAAACGGUCGAUGGCAAGACCGUUGACGACAAGGCUUCUGAUAACAAACCUGUUGGCCAGACUGUUGAUGAUGAGGUCCCUGACGACAAGUCCUUUGCGGAUAUGGUUCAUGACGAGGCUGUUGAUGAAAAGACUUUUUACGACAAGACCACUGACGACAAAGCUGUCGAUCAGAAGGCUACUGACACCGUUGACAAAAAUACUGACGGUGAGAAGAACGGUGAGCAGGCCGCAGAGAAUAGCGAUCACCAGAAGCCCAUCGACCAGAACAAUGCUAAACCAACUCAACCUCCAAGCCUCCUGAUCAGCGUCGACGACUCGAUAGAACGUCUCAUCUACACUCGCGCCCAGCAAGUCCUGAAGAGGGUACGCGCCCUACCGAAAAACCCCGCCAACUGCCACUUACUCGAGACGUAUGUCUGUCCCAAGAUUUUCAUCAAUAGUAACAAGGACGGAUCGAACCUGUACCUGGACGAUCCGUCUCCCGAGCUUCCGCUUUUGAAGACUUGCAGCCAUAUUUCUACCAUUGAGGAUUCCGUGGACAGUGAAGCUUCCGACAGCAACGAUGAGGACGGCAGCAUUCCUGAAGACUAUGAUACCUGUGAGGUUGACGAUACUUGUGAGAGCAACGCUUGCGAGGAUGACAAUACUCUUACUUCCAGUGAAGAUCAGGAGGGCGAGAAUACCCUCGAGAACCACAAUAUCCAUGAACACGAUAACGUUGGAGAAGGUUCUUCCAGGUUGAAUCCCUUCGAGAUUAUCUACCAGCUCUAUGGACGUGGCAUGGCGCAUCUCCUCGAUCAGGUUUUUGGUGAGCAAAACAUGGCAUUCGAGGAUUGA